AUGGUACCUUCAGCUCCAGCUCGGUCGCAGCUCGACACCUCUCAUUCGUACUUUCUGCAACCAUCUUCUGUACCUGGUGGACCUCCCGUGGGCUUACUGCUUCGAGGUGUAAAUCUCAGCUCCACAUCCAAGUUCCCAACACUACCAAACUCUUUAUCCCAAUAUCAGGAUCUCACAGGGGUUAGCAGAUCAGAUAGAGAUCAGAAAAGACAGCUCUUAGCUGGACAACAGAGUCAUUUGGGUGAAGAGGAAGUUGGGUUCUACACUGAAGCUGAACAAGGUGGAAGAGAUGGAUGGUUCGAUGGAAGACCUUUUCCCCUGGAGGAGGCAGAUGUACAUUUGAGAAGACUGAAAGCGUGGGGAUUCACUACAAUUCGAUUUUUGGUAGUCUGGGAAGCAUUAGAACACGCUGGACCAGGUAAAUAUGACGAAGCGUAUAUUGACUAUACCAUAUCAAUCUUACGGAAAUGUCGUGAACACGGGAUGAGAGUUUUUAUCUCCCCUCAUCAAGAUGUAUUCUCGAGAUUCACUUCUGGUUCAGGUGCUCCCUAUUGGGUCUUGGAAGCAUUAGGUAUAAACCCCAAAAGGAUACAUCAGACUGGCUCGGCGGUCGUACAUCAAUGUUGGUCGACGCAAGGGUAUGGAGGUGAAGAAGGUAUACAAAAUAUCAAAGAUGGAAAUUUAGAUGAUUGGCCUGAUAUGAUUUGGAAUACGAACCUUCAUCGUCUGGCGGCAAGACAUCUCUUCACGAUGUUCUGGGCUAGUGAUAAGUUUGCUCCGAAAUGUAAGAUUGAUGGUAUACCAGCCUCAGACUGGAUACAGAAUCAUUUCAUCGCUGCUUAUGGACAUCUCGCCGAUCGAUUGAGGGAUGCUGGAGAUAUACUAGACGAGUGCUUGAUAGGAUGGGAUAGCAUGAACGAGCCUUCGGAAGGAUUCAUCGGUAUUCCAGAUUUGAAUCAAUGUCCGCCUGCUCAGAGCUUCAAGAAAGGGCCAAGUCCAACUCCCUUGCAAGGCUUCAUACUAGCUAACGGUCAUCAAGUUUCCGAUGUUGAAAUGGCCGAUUUCACUUCCACUGGACAGAAAUCCAAAGGAACGAUAUCGAUUACACCGCCAGAGGGAAAGGGGGUGUGGCUGACACGCCAAGAGACAAGAGAGGCAGAAUCGAAAUGGGGUUAUAAAUGGGAUGAUGAGUGGGAUUUCUGGGAUGAAAAUGGACAAGGUGGUUGCAUUUGGGCUGGACAUGGUGUAUGGGAUCCUCAGAGUGGGUCCAUAUUGCGGGAUCAGUACUUCAAACCUCCUGGAAAGACUGAGAUUGAUUUCAUAGAGGAAUUCUGGAGAGUCCAUUACACGAAGUUCAUCAAGCGUAUACGACAAUCUCAUCCAAAUGCUAUUUCAUUCAUCAACCCUCCUGUAUUUGAGGAACCACCCGAUUUGUCUGAAGACGUCAAAGGAGGUAGAAUAGCCUUGAGUUCUCAUUUCUACGAUGGUUUGACUUUAUUGAACAAACGGAGGCAUGUGUUUAAUGCUGAUGCAGUAGGCCUGCAAAGAGGUCUGACCAAUAUACUCUCAGCGAUCAAACUCGGCGAGAAAUCAAUCAAAUCCACUUUAAGGGGUCAACUGGGAGAAUUGAAAUCUGAUGCUCAUAAGAGUGAGGGUAUGGCUGGCCAUGGUGAAGGUGGAAGUUAUCCAACUCUGAUAGGAGAGAUCGGUACGCCAUGGGACAUGAAGUCCACGAAGCUACUAGGAUUGGCCAAAGGUAAAGCUGAUAGAAAGGACUACAAGGAGCCAGCUAAGGCAAUGGAUCAAGUGAUGAAUGCUUGUGAUGGACACAAUGCCCUCUCAUAUACUUUAUGGGUAUACGAACCCCUUUCAACCCACAAGUACGGCGACGGAUGGAACGGUGAAGAUCUAUCUUUAAUCUCAUACGAUGAAAUCCCCACUGAAGGUCCAGAGAAAGACGAUGAUUUGUUGAUACUCAAUCCUGCUGAUCUUCGAUCGUUGAUCACAUUGGGAAGUAGAGGUAUAUCAAGUUGGUGUAGACCUUAUCCUAUUGAGAGCGUCUCAAAGAUCGAUAAAUUCAGCUUUAGUAUGAAAGAUGGGGAAUUCAACUUACAAGUUUUGAUACAAGGAUUGGAAGAUCAGAAAGUAUGGAAUUCCGACUGUGAUCUAAACCAAAUCGAUGGAGAUGAGGCUGGAGAUAUAAAAGGAACCUCGAAAGAGAAUUCAGAAGGGAUUUUCAAAGGGUAUACAAAGAUAUACAUCCCCUAUGUCCAUUAUCUUUCCCAAGCGGAUACUUCUCCUUCACUUUCGAAAGAUACUGGAAGUAUGGCGACGACGAAUAAAUCUAGAAUUAUAGGUGAACCUUCAGAGGACAACGAAGAAUGGGUUAAAGGUAAUGGGCCUGCUAGGAAUGAUAUUGAGGUAUUGGAGAUUAGUGAAGGAUCGUUGGAAGUUAAGGGUCAAUGGGGCUGGUGGACUUAUGGGUUGGGUGAGAAGGGGGAGAGAAUAGCAAAAUUGAGGAUUAGACCUUGGAAGGGGUAG